UAGCCUGCUAUCAAGUAGGGUAGAAAGUUACAAACGAGAUUUAAGAAAGGCGUGCUUAUCGUUUCAGCUACAUUUAAACGCUGAGUUUGGGGACCGGAUAUUACCUCACCGGGAAGGUCUUUCGAAGCACAUGUUGUGUAUUUCAUUCAUUCUGAGGACAACUAGCUGGCGAUUAUAACGCUGGACUUACGACACGUUACCUGAAGGCUCAUAAUAAGCCGUCAUUGUAUUACACCUGUAUUGUACGUGCGAGGGAAUGCCAUCGUUCAGUGUCUGUUGACAGUUUAUAUGAUAUAUAUUUAGUACUGGCACAUAAACAAGACAGAAGAAUGCAGAAGGCUGGGUAAUAAUGACCGUGUUGUGUUACAUUCGGAGGAAGAUUCUGGUGGUGCUGGGGGUCUUCACGUCCCUGGGGCUGAUGACAGGGACCGUGACCCCCUGGUGGGUGGUGGUAGUGACCACGGACAGACGACUGGUACACGGACUGUGGUACUCGCUGUCUUGUGAUGUGUCCUCGGGACUAUCCCUGUGUAAAAGUCUACUGACCACAUCAGAUUCGGCCAUAGGAAGCGUGCGCCUGGAGUACGGACUGCUGACUUUGUUCGGGGUAGCCCUGUGUGUGUUGGCCACCGUUUUCCUGAUCAUCUAUAACCCACGGGAGGACUCGGUGAGGUCGACCCUCUCCGGCUGUCUGACCGUCUCCCUCUAUCUUGUUUCAGCACUGUUGACGUGGGUAGCGGUUGGAAAGGCCUGCAGUGAUAACGUACGACUUCGUCAGACCCAAGAUCUGGGCGGCCCGUGGUCCCUUGUUGUGUCUGCGGUGGCAGGAACUAUGCCAAUAUUUUUGGCUAUUGCUAUUUCAUUUAGGAUACACAAUAAUGUUAAAAACAUAAGGAAAGAGCGGGAACAGAAGAGAAAAACCCGCCAAUUUUACGAACAGCGUAGUUGCCAUAGUAGCAUGACGAUGCUAGGCAACACGGGGACCUUGCAAUCGAGUUCACUACAUUCCAGUGUUCAUUCCCUUGAUAUUUCGUUUUCUAAUCACCAGGAAGUGAAUUCAUUAAACAGUUUAAGCAUGGAAUUCAAAGAAGACAUUUCUAGAUCCCCGAUUUUCACCGAGAGCAAGUCGCCCAUCUUCCCCGCAGACUCGAUUCCUUACAAGUUUCCGGUCAGUCCCUCCUAUUGAGGAUGUAUUAGUGUUUUAUGGUUUGUCUUUCAUUGAGAACUUUAGAUGUUGAGACAAAAGUUUGUCCUUAGCAUGGUGAAUUAUCAACGUUUUAAGACACGGAAGUUGACACCUGCUCGACAGUCAACAAUGAAUAUAAAAUCCAGUUUUGCCAAUUUGACAAUCUGUAUAUUCCGUAUAUAAUACGUAGAACUUAAUGUGUAAAUAUUGCAAUAUUCACAAAUGGUGCUAUUUAUGACUUCAUAAUCAUUCUAUUUCGUAUCUCUACAACCGUCCUUUCAUAACAAUCCAUCUCAUGGUUCCGCGGAUCAUUGAGUCAUUCGUCAAUGUUUCAUGUUUCAUUCUGUUCCUUUUUUUUAGUGCUGUUGUUGUACAUUUUUAUUUUAUGACGUUGUACAUGUGUAUAUUAUUAUGCGUAUGCAAAUAAUGAUGCAUUAAAAACAAGUGACAAAAGAAA